AUGGACAACCACACGGAGACUGUGCAGCACAUAUCUGCUCGCCUGAAAGACCUUUACUCACGUAAAGAACAAUACAGGAUAUUUCAUGGCUCGACCAAUUCGACAAGAAGCUAUUCGAUCGAUCGCAAUAGAAUGAUCGACACCAGUUCUUUGAACCGCGUUCUCAGUGUGGAUAAGGCAACGAAGACAGCAUCGGUAGAGCCAAACGUUCCGAUGGACCAGCUCGUUGAAGCAACUCUACCGUUCGGCUUAGUACCUCCCGUGGUCAUGGAGUUUAAGGGCAUCACUGCUGGAGGAGGCUUCAGUGGUACUGGUGGUGAGAGUUCGAGUUUCAAGCACGGCUCUUUCGAUUGCACAGUCAAUUGGAUUGAGAUCGUGCUAGCCGAUGGAGAGGUCGUAAAGGCUUCUCCGGAGAAGAGAUCAGACCUAUUCUAUGGAGCUACCAGCUCAUUGGGUACAUUGGGAGUCACCACUUUGAUGGAGAUUCAGCUUGUCGAUGCUGCGAGAUACGUCGAGACCACAUACACUCCUUGCCACUCGUUGGAUGAAACAUUGGAAAAGGUGAAGUCCGCCAGUAAGGAUACCGAGAACGACUACGUGGACGGAUUUCUCGUAUCUCUGCGUAGGGGUAUCGUCGUGACCGGCCGCUUGACUUCUUCUAUAUCUCGAGAAACACGCAUCCAGAGAUUCCAAGGUGCUCGCGAUCCUUGGUUCUACAUACAUGCAGACCGAACGACACAAAGAGCCCAAGGAUCAGUCACGGAAGCUGUGCCUCUUGCCGACUAUCUGUUCCGCUACGAUCGAGGCGCAUUUUGGAUGGGAAAGUACGCCUUCAACUACUUUAUGGUACCAUUCAACCGUGUGACUCGCUGGGCAUUGGAUGACUUUAUGCAAACAAGCACGAUGUACCAUGCCUUACAUGCGAGUGGGCAUAUGCAGCAAUAUAUCAUCCAGGAUUUGGGCAUACCUGCUGCCAAUGUGAAGGACUUUAUCGUUGAAGUCGAUAGAGCGUUCGGCUUCUACCCUUUGUGGCUAUGUCCCAUGAAGCCAUGGACACAACAGUCUUCUUUUCACCCACACGGUAUUCACACCGAUCUUGUCAUUAAUGUUGGUGUCUGGGGACCAAACGGAGCCAGCACACCAAAGGAAGUCGUACAGCGGAAUCGCACACUCGAGAAACUUGUGCGACAGAGUGGAGGUAGGAAAUGGCUGUAUGCACAGGCAUUCUACACGGAGUCGGAGUUCUCGGACAUCUACGACGAGAAGUCUUAUCAGGAGCUGAGAAGCAAGUACAAAGCCGAGCAUCUGCCCAGUGCUUUUGACAAGGCUUGCGUGAUUGGUAAGAGCAAAGGCCAGGGAGUGUCGCAAGGAUGGGGUGACUGGACAGCUCAGAAAGCGUGGAGCGUUUGGCCGAUAUCUGGCGUGUAUGGUGUAUUGCAGACACUGGUCAGCAAAGAAUAUUUGCUUAAAAAGUGA